UUGUUCCUGUUGGGAAGAAAACUAUUUGAGGGAAAAGCAAGAGAAAGUAAAAUAAAGCAAAAGAGGAGACACGAAAGAAAGCCACAAAAAUCUUUCUUUGAACAACAAAGGUGACGAGUGGAAAAAGUUAGAAAGCAGAGCCUACUGUCUUUGGAGGAUGAGCUAGGCCUCUCUCUCUCUCUCUCUCCCCCCCCCCUCCCUGUAUCAAUCAUUGGAGUGAGUUCCUUCCCAAUUGCUUCAAACUGUAGACUGUAAUGGCAUCCAUUGGGAAAGAAGAAGAAAAGCCGAAGCUAUCCCCUGAGAUGAAGUCUCCCGUUGAAGCAGAGAUGGUUAUAGGUUCAACCAUUAGCCCCACACCUUCAUGGUUUACUCCUAAGAGAUUACUUGUUAUCUUUUGUGUGAUAAACUUGUUGAACUAUUUGGAUCGAGGGGCUAUAGCUAGCAAUGGUGUUAAUGGACGCCGGGCAACUUGCACAAAUGGUACCUGUAAGCCCAGCAUUGGAAUACAGGGGGAUUUCAAACUAAGCAAUUUUGAGGAUGGAGUUUUAUCAUCUGCUUUCAUGGUUGGACUUCUUGUGGCAUCUCCAAUAUUUGCAUCUCUAACAAAGAGUGUCAAUCCAUUUAGGCUCAUUGGAGUUGGAUUGUCUGUCUGGACUCUUGCAACAUUAUGCUGUGGUUUCUCAUUUAAUUUCUGGUCCAUUUCAGUCUGUCGCAUGCUGGUUGGCGUUGGUGAGGCUUCAUUUAUAAGUCUUGCAGCACCUUUCAUUGAUGAUGUUGCCCCAGCUUCUCAGAAAACAGCAUGGCUCGCAAUAUUUUACAUGUGUAUACCAUCGGGAUUUGCAGUUGGCUAUGUCUAUGGUGGCUUUGUUGGAAGUCAUUUUGGUUGGCGUUAUGCAUUCUGGGUGGAGUCUGUAUUGAUGCUUCCAUUUGUUAUUUUCGGAUAUACAGUGAAGCCUCUGCAUUUGAAAGGUUUUGCUCCUGCUGAAUUGAAAAUGAUGCUGGCAAGUGAGACAGUUGCAUCAGAGGUUCAAGGUACGGAAGCUGCAGGUAACUCAAUGUCGUUGAGGGCCUUGUUCAGAAACAGUAGCUCACAUGAGGCUUCCAAAUCCAGAGCUGCAUCCAGGAAAUCAAAUCAAUUGUUGAUUUUCUUGGAAGAUAUGAAAGUCCUUUUGCUCAACAAGGUUUAUGUCAUCAAUGUUUUAGGUUACAUAGCGUACAACUUUGUCAUAGGUGCUUACUCAUAUUGGGGGCCCAAAGCUGGUUAUAAUAUAUAUAAUAUGACCAAUGCAGAUAUGAUAUUUGGAGGAAUUACAAUUGUAUGUGGAAUACUGGGCACAUUAGCAGGUGGCUUUCUUUUGGAUUUCCUGACGAAUACCUUGUCAAAUGCAUUUAAGCUUCUUGCAAUGACAACAUUUAUCGGUGCAACUUUUUGCUUUGGUGCAUUCUUAUUUAAAAGCAUAUAUGGCUUCCUUGCUCUUUUUGCUGUUGGUGAAAUUCUGGUCUUUGCCACUCAGGGUCCUGUAAAUUAUGUUUGUCUGCGUUCUGUUGAACCAAGUUUGAGGCCCUUAUCAAUGGCUAUUUCAACCGUCGCCAUCCAUGUCUUUGGAGAUGUGCCUUCCUCACCCAUUGUUGGAGUCGUCCAGGAUCAUAUCAAUAACUGGAGAACAACUGCUCUGCUUCUAACUGCUGUAUUUUUUCCAGCAGCUGCAUUCUGGUUCAUCGGAAUAUUCUUACGUAGUGAAGAUAAAUUUAAUGAGGAUAGCGAGAAUGUAGUAUUUGCCGGAGAACCUUCGAACACGCCAUUGCUUCGAGAGAAGCCUAGAGAAACCGAGAUAGCAGUAACAGUAGCAGAAGCAGUAUCAAAAGCUAAAUCCCCAGAAGGUUGAUAUUAUAGAAGAAAUGUCCAGAGGCACAAUUCGUCAAGAUGGAGUAGAUCAAUGCGUUGUAAAUAGUAAUGAGAGUAAUAGUUAGAUAAUUAUAUUUGGUUGAUGUUUUUGAGAGUUGCUUGACUAGAACCACAUUGUAAGUAGUAAUAUAUAUUAUAUAGCUGACACUGAUGAAAUGUUAUUUUGUUAAUAUAGUUUUCCCUGAUGUCCUCCAACUCUUCCUUCUUUGCUCCUAACAAUUUGGUUAACCCUCUUUGUUAAUGAAUUUGCUGAGCUUAUUAUUUUUAA